ACAGUAUACACAGUCUUCGGCGAUUGGUCGUUUGUUCAAGUUCUUUUUUAAAAUUUUGAAUAUAUAUAUAUUUAAUUCGUAGUGCCAGUGCCAAGGAUUGCGGAUCUAUAACUGAAUAAUGGCUACGGGUGAAUGUGUUAACGAAGUUUUGUUCUUAGACGAUAUCUUCUGAUGAUAAUUAGUUAAUUGAGUAUAAUAGGACUGCACAAGUGAACAUGUGGAGUAGUUAUAUAGGCUAAGACUACUAUUGGACUAUUAACUAGGUUAACCAGCUAAAAUGAAACUGCCGCGUCUGGAGACCGCCGUGUCCUCAGGCUCCCACAAGUACAAAGAAACCACAGUAUUGUCCCACCAUGAGGACUAUUCUGUGGGUCAGACGACUGGCGGUCUGAGCGUGUUGUUCACUAUACUGUGUAUAGUCGAUUUGUUCGGCGUAUUUCCAGUCAUUGCGUUGCCAAAGAGCGUUAUUUCUUGUGGUAUCUACGGAUUGCCUCUGGUGGUGUCAGUGUUUGGGCUGCAGCUGUACACAGCGGUGCUGCUGGGCCGGUGCUGGCUGCUGGCGCAGGAGAUCACGCCCGACAUCAGGAAGAAAAGUCGUCUGCCGUAUGCAGCGGUAGCUGAGCUGGCCUUCGGAGUGCCAGCGCGGAGUCUAGUCACCUUCCUGAUCGACGCUGCAGUGUUCGGCGCAGGAGUGCCUAACUUUAUUCUUGCGGCCCAAAGCAUGCAACUGUUCUGGUGGAAGAUCUCUGGCGGGGAGAUAGGCAUCACAUACUGCGUGUGGAUGCUCAUAAUAGGGCUUCUGUUGUGUCCCGUCAUGUGGCUGGGCUCGCCCAAGGAUAUGAAGCCCCUAGCAGUGACAUCAGUGCUAAUAGUGAGCACCGUCGCCAUCUGCACCUGGACCUGUAUAAUGCUGGAUGAUGUGUCUCCGCCCAGCAGAGGAGGCUUGCUGGAGUACCAGCCCAGCGUCGAAGACUUCCUUAUAGCGUAUGGGAUUAUAGCUUUCCAAUUCGACAUCCACCCGCUACUCCUAACCAUUCAAGUUGACAUGAAAGACAGCCGCAAGAUCAACGGAGCGGUCCUGGGCGGGUUCUGCAUCACCAUCAGCAUGUUCGCGGUGACCACUAUACUCGCCGCCAACAGAUAUGGAGGGGACAUCCACAAUAACAUAUUGCAAGGCAUACCCCCAUCGUACGCGUUAUACGUGGUGGCUCUGCUGGUCACUAUACAACUCUGCUUGUCCAGUGCAGUUGGAAACUCUGCCCUUUUCCAGCACGUUGAGGAGUUCCUUAGGAUCCCCAAAGAUUUCUGCAUUCGGAGGUGUUUACUCCGGUCCGGUAUAGUGGCUGUGGCAGUGUUCCUAGGGGAAUCCGUGCCUCGCUUCGAUCUCGUCAUGGGCCUAAUUGGUUCCACCCUAACGGGCCCCUUAAUGUUUAUCCUACCCCCACUUUUCUUCCUAAAACUCUGCUAUAUGAAGAGCAAUUUAGUUAACAAAGGAUUAUAUUUAAUUUUUGAUACACAAAAUGACACUCCAAAUGGCUUUCAAAAUGGCCGAACAAUAACACAAAAUGGUGGACAAAAUACGACGGAAUAUGGCGGACAUACAACAGAAAACGGCUCGACAUCCACACUGUUAGUUCCCUAUCAUACUAAAUAUGAAACUUUCACAAAUUAUUCUCGCAUCGGACAAGAACUAGACAAAUAUAAAAUAAAAUUGUACGAUAUUAUCUUGGCUUUAACUGUGAUGCUGAUGGGGAUAGCGGCGACUAUAGUCGCCACGUAUUCAAGUUGGGCCGAUACUAUCAGAUAUGCCACUUUCACCCCACCAUGCUUAGUAAAUGCUACAACGGCAGCUAGAAGUUUUUUAGAAUAUCAAUCUAGUGUUUAAACAAUAAUACAUAGAAGACGCAAAUAUCAAGACUAAGAUUAUAAUAUGUGAUAAAAUUAUUUAACGUAAGAGCUCUCUGGAAUAAUUAUACAAACGUUUCACGAUGCCUAAUAAAAUUAGCACUUCACUCUCGUAUAUAUUACAAAUGUAAAACCUUUUUAGUUCAAAUAAUUUUUUGUCCCAAUCUCACAUUUACAAAUUUGACAAUGACAGAACAAGACAAAACAUGACUUAACUAAAAUAAGUUUUAAGUUUUAUACGAUUAAGAGUGUUAAUUGCCAUUACUUCUAUUCUAGAUCUAAUGAAAUAAAUUAAUAUUAAGUAAAUUAAUUGUAGUGGUAUAAGGGUUAAAAUAAACCAAUUUAUAACAAUGUCUUUUAUUCAACAAUAAAUUCAGUCACAAAUAAAA